AUGAACUUUGAUACUGAGACAGACAAAGGCAGAAGCACGAAGGUGGAGAGUGAGACGGUGUCAGUCAGUGGAGCUGAUUGGUCUGUCAACCACUCAGGAUCGGCUUUCCGCCGAAUGAAAGACUCGUUCAAGCAACACGAGCUUCCUAUUCCUGAGAGCAUCGAGCUGGGAGAGUUGAGCGAGGAGGCGAGAGGCAAUUAUAUCCUUGCCAAUCAACCGCUCCAAAAGACGCUAUCGCAAAGACACUUGACAAUGAUUUCCAUCGGUGGCACGUUGGGUACUGGUCUUUUCAUCGGUUUAGGUUAUUCGCUGGCAUGUGGUCCUGGCUCUCUUCUCAUUGGUUUCAUGAUUGUUGGUGUUAUGAUGUUUUGUGUUGUACAAAGUGCCUCGGAGCUUUCGUGUCAAUUCCCCGUAUCCGGGUCUUUCGCGACGCACGUUUCGAGAUUUGUCGACUCAUCAAUAGGUUUUACGGUAUCGACAAACUAUGCUCUUGCGUGGUUAAUCUCGUUCCCUUCUGAACUGAUCGGUUGCGCAAUGACGUUGCAGUACUGGAACACAUCCGUCAAUCCUGCGGUGUGGGUUGCCAUCUUUUACGUAUUCAUAAUGGCCUUGAAUUUAUUUGGAGUGAGAGGCUAUGCAGAGACCGAAUUUUGGCUUUCCAUUGUCAAAGUUGUCGCCAUUAUUAUUUUCAUCAUUAUCGGUAUUGUGCUUAUCUGCGGUGGUGGACCUAACUCGCAAGGUUACAUCGGUACCAAAUACUGGCACAACCCGGGCUCCUUCAAAAAGCCCGUGUUUAAGGGUUUGUGUAACACCUUUGUUUCUGCAGCCUUUUCGUUUGGAGGUGCUGAGUUAGUCGUGCUGACCGCUUCUGAGUCUAGAAAGGUCGAAUCUGUGUCGCGUGCCGCGAAAGCAACCUUCUGGAGAAUUGCCAUCUUCUACAUCACUACAGUUGUUGUCAUCGGUUGUCUCGUUCCCUACACUGACGACAGAUUGUUGGGUGCUUACGAUGAGAAUGUCGCUGCCUCUCCAUUCGUCAUUGCUUUGAGUAACACCGGUGCCUUCGGUGACCGUGUGGCCCAUUUCAUGAAUGCAGUUAUCCUAGUGGCUGUUCUAUCUGUCUGUAACUCAUGCGUUUACGCAUCUUCAAGAGUGAUCCAAGCACUUGGUGCUUGUGGUCAGCUACCCAGAGUUUGUGGUUACAUUGACAGAAAAGGUCGUCCACUAGUAGGUAUCGGGAUCUGUGGUAUUUUUGGUUUGCUGGGAUUCUUGGUUGCCUCUGAUAAAGAAGGUGAUGUAUUCACUUGGUUGUUUGCUCUAUGUUCCAUUUCUUCUUUCUUUACUUGGUUCUGCAUUUGUUUCUCUCAGGUUAGAUUUAGAAUGGCUCUCAAGGCUCAAGGAAGGACCACUGAUGAGAUUGGGCACAAGUCAAUGCUUGGUGUUUAUGGUGGUAUCCUAGGAUGUGUCAUUAACUUCUUAUUGAUUGCUGGUGAGAUUUACGUUUCGUUAUUUCCCUUGGGCGAUUCGCCCAGCGCUGAGGCAUUCUUCCAGUACUGUUUGAGUAUACCGAUCAUGAUCGUGGUGUACUUUUGUCACCGUCUCUAUCGCAGAAAUUGGAGAGAUUGGCUGAUCCCAGCGAGCCAAAUUGACUUGGAUACCGGGAAAAGAGUCAGUGAUCUCGAACUUCUCAAACAUGAGAUCAUGGAGGAAAAAGCCAAGGUUGCUGCCCGCCCACUCUAUUACAGGAUCUACAGAUUCUGGUGUUGA